AUGAUACCAAUAUCUGCUGUAUUGUCUCUGCGUAGCUUCGCCGCCGGUAUCCUCACCACUUCGCUUACGUUUCUUCAUCCAUCAACGGUGCCCGAUCCUUGCGUUGCUCCGUCUCUUCUGCUCCGGCGAUUCCCGCCGCUCACCAUCAUUAAAACGAAGACCGUUGGCCGCCGUCUUAGUGCGUUGCUCCGUCUCCUACUCUCGUCGAUCCAGUGCCUCCGUGUGCUUCCGUUCAUCCAUCUCCUUGUUGUUCACCGUGUUCGCGCUUAUUUUCCGUAUCCUCUACAACAGAUAGUAGAGAGAACGAUGCAGAUUGAGGUGUUGAUGAUGAAGGCUUGGUAUAGAGAGUGCAGAUUGAGAAUGAAGGAUGUGGAAGAAGUUAGAAGUGGUUGUUGUGAAAUGGUUAAGAGGUGGGAAAAAAGGAAAGUUGGUUAUAGUUUGGGAAAUAGAAAGUUUUCUUUUGGUAUGAAACAUGGACCGAGGCUUGGACAUAACCAGGUUGGAAUGGGGCAAUCUUGGAAGAUAGUGGCUUGA